GUCACAAGUGAGGGCGGGAGAGGUUGAGGUUGAGGAAGAGCAGAGGAAUCCAUUCCAGGAGUGUUUAAUGGCGGGAGGCAAGGAAGCGCACGGGUGGGCAGCCAGGGAUGUCUCUGGUCACCUCUCCCCUUACCACUUCUCACGGAGGGUUCAGAGAGACGACGACGUCACCAUCAAGGUGCUCUUCUGCGGGCUUUGCCACACUGACCUCCACGUCAUCAAGAACGAGUUUGGCAACGCCAAGUACCCCGUCGUUCCCGGGCACGAGAUCGUCGGCGUCGUCACCGACGUCGGCUCCGGCGUCACAAGCUUCAAGCCCGGCGACACGGUGGGCGUGGGCUACUUCGUCGACUCCUGCCGCAGCUGCGACAGCUGCAGCAAGGGGUACGAGAGCUACUGCCCGCAGCUCGUGGAGACGUCCAACGGCGUGAGCCUGGACGACGAUGACGGCGGCGCCACCACCAAGGGCGGCUUCUCCGACGCCCUCGUCGUCCACCAGCGCUACGUGGUGCGGGUCCCGGCCAGCCUGCCGCCCGCCGGGGCCGCGCCGCUGCUGUGCGCCGGCGUCACCGUGUUCAGCCCCAUGGUGCAGUACGGCCUGAACGCGCCGGGGAAGCACCUGGGCGUCGUCGGCCUCGGCGGCCUCGGCCACCUGGCCGUCCGCUUCGGCAAGGCGUUCGGGAUGAAGGUCACCGUCAUCAGCACGUCGCUGGGCAAGCGGGACGAGGCCCUCGGCCGCCUCGGUGCCGACGCGUUCCUGGUCAGCCGCGACCCCGAGCAGAUGAGGGCGGCGGCGGGCACCUUGGACGGCGUCAUCGACACGGUGUCGGCCGACCACCCUGUCGUGCCGCUGCUGGACCUGCUCAAGCCGAUGGGCCAGAUGGUCGUCGUCGGCCUGCCCACCAAGCCGCUCCAGGUGCCUGCCUUCAGCCUCGUCGCCGGCGGGAAGCGCGUGGCCGGGAGUGCCGGCGGCGGCGUCGGGGAGUGCCAGGCCAUGCUCGACUUUGCCGGCGAGCACGGGAUCACCGCGGAUGUGGAGGUCGUCGGGAUGGACUACGUCAAUACCGCCAUCCAGCGCCUAGAGAGGAACGAUGUCAGGUACCGCUUCGUUGUCGACGUCGCGGGCAGCAAGAUUGGAGGCUAGGCAUCACCAUUCCUAGUGUUCUGUCGAUCGACGUGUGAUUUGCUUCUUCCUCGAGCGUGUCUUAUUGUUCUGGUUGGAGCACGUACGCGGCCAUCACACGCAGGCGUGGAUAAUAAACAAGGUAGAGUUUCGGGUUGUGUCGUUUCUGGAUGUAUGGUGCCGGUGGAUAAUAAACAAGCUUGGUGUGGUCG